GUUACAAAAUAAUACCGCAUUUCGAAGUAUAAAUUAACAAAUUAAUAAACCAAAUUGUUUGCAUAACAAACCCCAUUCACAAAUGACAUUAUUAUCCUGAGCUACGCCCUAGAAAUGUUAAUUUCUUUUAACAAUUAACAAAUUGGCUACACGGACAUAAAUGGGCUACAUCCCGAUAGCCUAUUUAUUUCCGCACAUAUCCCUCGCCUGAUACCUAUUAAGACUCCAAUAUCCAUUUGCUAAUCGCGACUGGCCCUGUGUGUGACUCCUGAAAUUUAUUAAUUUGGGAUCAAGGAGCAAUCCCCGGCAGAUAUUUUGGCAUUUGGCAAAUAAAGGGAUUCGCCUAGCGCCGCCAACCAAUCAGGCAGAGUGCUUAGUCAGUUCGAUUCGGUCGCCAGCGCCAUAAAAGUCGGUGUCAAUCUAUCAGAGUGUUAAGUGUUCUGCAGGGCGUGCCAAUAUUAUAUUCAAAACCGUGUGUGUGUGUUUGAUUUUUGAAUAUUUUAUGCUUCAAACUGUAUGUAAGCGCAGAUCUAAAGGACAACAAAUUUGUUGGCUGACAUCCAAAUUGCUUUUGCGGCUUUUUAGCACAUAAAUCGAAUGGUUUUGGGCGUGGCUGGUCAGCAUAUUAGAAAAAGAUACAAUUUUAAGGCGAAAUUUGUUCAGUUUGUGUAUCAUUAUACAAUAUAAUUAACUAUUUUGUUAUGUGAAAAAGUGGCCGGUUUUUAAACAAAUUAACUUUGUUUGGAAAGCUAAUUUAAAAGACUUUUCUGAUAUCAGACAUUAGAAGUAUUCGUUUCUCGCUUGUUAAUACUUAAUCAGAUCGAGAAUUUCUUGCAUAUUGUCGACUAAAGGUUGUUUAGACAAAUUUUAAAACCUUUCCGUUGUAAUUCCGGAAAGCUUUAAUUAAUUUGGCAGGCAAGGCAGGAAGGGAGAGUCAAAAUGAUUCUAUCCGUUAGAGAGUCGCCUGCACUUCGAAUCUUUCCCAGCAACCGCAGUCAUUGUUUUCAGUUUUUAAGCCAGGAUGAGGCAACAAUGAGGCUACAGCCACGCCCAAGCUCUGACAUUCUCCUGGACCGAACAUACAGGCUCACACGCAUACAACUGCUGGCCAUUCAUUGCACCGAGAACGGAAAUGGCAAAACGACAGGAAGCUUUUCAAUACGAGCAACCCUUUCCGCCACUCCGCUCUACAUACGAGUACACACAGGCGGAGGGAAAAGUUGGCCCGCAAUUGUCGGUUGUUCAAUUUGUCGCCAUCAGGAGACGAAAACGGGACAAGGAGCAUUAGUCUGUGCAAACCACCAGCAGGAUGUGACGCAUCUGCACUCGGAAUAAAUACGCACAACCGAUAAUCGGUUAUCUAAUACACACAUUUUUUAUCUAGAGAUUAUAUUUACUUUUUUGCGCCUUUAUCGUUAAAGCUAAUAAAUUUGUUUUUGUUUAAUACAUCAA